AUGGGGCCUGCAUUCCAACAGGUCUACAGUCUACUGCCGACAUUGUUGCACUAUCACCAUCCGCUAAUGCCGGGUUACCUUGAUGGUAACGUUCCCAAAGGCAUUUGCCUUUACACGCCUGAUGAAACUCAACGCCACUACCUGAACGAGCUUGAACUGUAUCGUGGAAUGUCAGUACAGGAUCAGGUGGGCCAUGCAGCGACUGAAGGUAAGGUGGACUGCUCCGCAGCGGAGGCGAAGAUCUUUGGCGGACCGACUCUGACAGAAGUCUCACCUGGUUACGCGUCGCAAGCGCCGCUGCCCGCCAAGUCACAUGAGACGGUGACAGGUGGAAGAGUGGCACCCACGCGGCGCGGGGCUAGAUUGCUGCGCGAUGCCUCCCUCAACCCGGGAACUUACGGUGAGGUGGAGGACAUGGCGAUGACGCAGGAGGCGUUGACAGUGGCCGCCGCUGCCAUGACCAUUCAGAGUAGCAACGACAUCAUGAGCAUUCGUCGCGAGUACGAGACAACUGUCCUCUGUGUCCGCAUCCCGAGUGUCCAGCUGGGAUACCUGAUCAACCACUCCGUAGCCGUUCAUCAGCAUCGUCGCAUCAUGCGAGUCCUGCUGCACCGCAUUCGGCGGCAUAAGGGCGCGCUGUUUCACUGCUCUGGAGACUGCCUCGGCGCUGUAUGGAACGCAUUUGAAGGUUGCCCGAACCAUGCCGAGUGCGCGGCAGUGUGCGCGCAGGAGAUUGCCAACGUCUUUGCACCAUACCAAGGCGAUGGCCUGCAUGUCGGCAUUGUGCUGCACCAGGGCACACUCGUGUGUGGCACGGUCGAGUACUCGAAGACGGCCUUCGUGACUGCGUUCGGCGACGGUCCGCGUGAAGCGCUGGCGGUGGCUGAGUUGGCCACCUCUAUCAACAGUCUCAAUGUGCUCGUUACUGAGCCAGUCAAGCAGGCGCUCUCCGGCUUGUACGACUGCAACAUCGUGGACGUCAUCCAGCUCCCCAGCUCGGCCCACCAGCUGCUACUCUUCGAGCUGAGCGGCAGCCGCACGCCAGAGAGGUCAUUGUACGAUACGCUGCUGCAGAUACCCAAACAGGCGCAGUUUUCUAUAGACUACGCGCGCGCCUUUGCUCAGUUCCGCAACCAUGAGUUCAGCGAAGCGCUGCAGAGCAUUCAGAAACUACAGGCGCACGGCAGCAGUCGCAACACUCAUCUGCUCCGUCGGCUGGAGCGCUUGUGCCUCUUCUACUCCGCCCAGCCCGCCGCUCUCCCGCGUCCCUAUCACCGCGCCUUCCCGGUGUGGGUCAACUACGAAGCCAUCGCCCAGGCAGGGCUGCGCAACGACCCGCACUUUAAGACUUCGCAGAGUGAAUGCUUGAUGCUCUGCAAUACGGACAGGGGCGUAGUGUACCAAGGAGUGCCAGCACUGCGCAACGACAUGGACUGCAUCCGCGACUUCAAGCAGGAGCUGCAGGAAAACAUGCGCCGACUCGGGUCGCCACGUUCGACGACGCGCCACCGCGGCUCGCCGGCGAUAGACAGCUCCUCGACUCCCCCACACAGCAGCCCACAGCCCUUCCUGUCAAUGCAGUCCACGCCAAUGCCGACGUCUGCGAGCGCUGGGAUGUUGUCGGAUGCCAGCAGACACGUGUCCGAGCUACUCUCGGCGACCCUGCCCGCAAAGCCCCGUCACGUCGACCCCCAAGAAAAUACUGCGCAGAUGAGCCUCCCUUCUCGACUGCCGCCACCGGCGGUAGCGGUGGCACCACAUCAGUCCAUCGCAGGAACACUGUUGGUGGCCGCGUCGGCAGCGGCACCGAUGACAUGCGAAGAGCCGAAAGACCGCGAUGGGCUAGAGCAGUCGAGCGCCGUGAUGCCAUCUCUACACGACGUGCCCUCUCUGUCGAGGCACCACUCCGUAGCACACGACAUCAGUCUUCCGCUCGUGACGCUGGCGGGCACCUCUGACCCCGUCCACACCUCUACCGCCCUGUUGCAGAGCGCCACCAUACACAGCGACUCCACUCGCAGCUCCGCGCAAGUAGACGGUACGGGUUACUCUAUCAUUCAAUCUGCCGGCCUCUCCUUCCCUGAGACGGGCAGCAUGCGCAGCUUCUGCGGGAACAACGAACCAUUGCCGGCGGUAAUCAAAGCCAAAAAUGGUACGACGUACCUGCGAAGCACUCGCAUACUCGGCAAAGGCUCCUUUGGCUGCGUGUACCUCGGAAUGGAUGCCCACUCGGGGCGGCUCGCUGCCAUCAAGUUCCUACCGCUGCCAAGUGACGAGUCUGGGAUGGAGGUGGUCGAGGCGGAGGUCCUCAUACUCCAGCGAGUCAACGACACCCACGUGGUGCAGCUGCUUUCCUACGCCUUUGAGGGAGACACCAUCGUUAUUUUCAUGGAGUGCAUGCUGGCAGGGUCACUGCAGAACAUGAUCUCCGCCUUUCGCACCAUCCCCAGCUCCACCGCCCGCGUCUUCAUGCGCGACGUUCUGCGUGGAAUGAGCAAGCUGCACUCGAUGGGCAUCAUUCAUCGGGAUAUGAAGCCGCAGAACGUGCUGCUCAGCUUUGCAGGCAACUGCAAGAUUUCCGACUUUGGCGCCUCCGCGUGGCUGCAGGAGCUGGCGCGCAAAGAGUCGAGGGGGGAGGUGUGCGGCACCCCCGUCUACCUCGCCCCAGAGGCGGCGCGAGGCAACCCAGAGAAGGAGAGCGACAUUUGGAGCUGCGGCAUCAUGUUCCUGCAGAUGAUCACUGGGCACCUGCCGUACACGUCCGAGCAGCUUGCCUCGGGCGCUGCCGCACUUGUGUACCAGAUCGGCAGCGGCAUCGCGCAACCGAAUGUGCCCGACGACCUCGACGUGCUGGACGCGGAGUUUGUGCGCGCCUGCCUGGAGAACGACCCUGGCAAGCGUACCUCCGCUGCGGGCCUUCUUCAAUUGACUCUCUUCACCGUGUAA